AUGGAAGUCUUUCAGCAUUUCAUCACCGUUUAUCCGUCGGCAAGUGCACGGGAGAUCCUCGAGGAGUGUUUGAAAGAUAUUUCGGAGAUUCAACAGCUAGAUAUAGUUACAGGGAUUCUUAAUAUUGGCGCGAACACUGACGAAAGACUUGCCGAACUUGUUCACGCGGCCUGGGAGCAUCUAUGUGACAACGAUCUCUGGUCUUUCGGGUAUGAGUCUUUAGAACAGUAUCGUCAUCUUAUAAGUUAUCGGGAUACAAUCCGCCCAAUCAUCCAGCGAUUCAAAAAAUCCAACAAAACAAAGUUCACAAGUGUCAAUAUUAUCGAGAAGCAGUGGAAUAUGCCACUCGCCCAGGUACUACCGUCUGACAUGGCGCCAGAAUCGUGGAGCAAACAUAUUCUUGUAUUGUUGGCGAGACUCACCAAGUACAAAGUCAGAGAAGAUGCAAUUGCAUUACUGGAAGAUAGCAUCAAACAGAGACCUCCCAGAUCACGUAAUAUCCACAACUUGAUGGCAAGCGACGUGAGUCGUGUUCUUCAAAACUUGGCAAUUCCCAACAGAAACCCAAGUUGCUCGUCACAUUGUACUGAAACAUAUCUCACUGUCACAGAUAGAGUAAUGGUGGGACUUGUCCAAUGGGCCAAGCAGGCAUUGUGGUCCAAAUUUUGUCUUUUCCACUUGCAGUGUUUAACGUCCCACAAGCUUGGGAACACGGCAAGCUUGUGGUCACGAAGUGAGAUUAUCAAUCACCUAGAACAGCUGCUUUCGGAAUGCCACGAAUGUGAAACAAAUACAAUACCUUUUGCGGACUUCGAUGACCUUGGGUCCACUUCUUCCUUUCUCCAUGGUCAAUCGCAGGAAAUUCCAACAGAAAGGGAGACAUUUGAUAUCAUUCAUGGAUAG